GCGAAUGUGGCCUCCUGACUUGAUUCCGUCCUCUUUUCAGUCAACUGCUGUGUCUUCUAGCUCUAUGUUGCUACCGAAAAACUCCCAUUACACACCGAAUCUAGCACUCCAGACCCUCCCGAGCUACGGCCACACCGAAUAACUGACCAUGGCGGACCAAGCAUAUGUGACUCUGGCCACAAAUGACAACUAUGCCAAAGGAGCAAUGGUUCUGGGGAGGUCGCUACGCAACCAUAACACAACCAAACAACUGGUGGUUCUGAUUGGACCGCACGUAGCAGAGCCCUGCAGGGCCAUGCUGAGUAGCAUCUAUGACGAGGUGUGUGUGGUGGAUAUCUUGGACUCUGGGGACACGGCCCACCUGGCCCUGAUGAAGAGACCAGACCUCGGAGUGACCUUCACCAAGCUGCACUGCUGGACACUCACACACUACACCAAGUGUGUGUUUAUGGACGCUGACACACUGGUGUUGUCCAACAUCGAUGAGCUGUUUGAGAGGGAGGAGUUAUCUGCUGCGCCUGAUCCUGGUUGGCCAGACUGUUUCAACUCGGGCGUGUUCGUCUUUAAACCGUCCAAUGAAACAUACCGCAGCCUUAUGACACACUGCACUGAGAACGGCAGCUUUGACGGUGGGGACCAAGGAGUUCUGAACAGUUUCUUCAAUACCUGGUCAACAGCAGACAUUUCCAAACACCUGCCUUUUAUCUACAACCUCAGCAGCAUCGCUAUAUACACCUAUCUACCAGCCUUCAAACAGUACGGUCAUGAGGCUAAGGUGGUCCACUUCCUGGGGAAGGUGAAGCCGUGGAACUACUCCUAUGACACCCAGACUGGGAAGGUCAAAGGUCACACCCUGACCCCUGGCUCGGGUGACCUGCACCCUGACUUCCUGGUUCAGUGGUGGAACCUCUACUCCUCUGGGGUCCUACCUGCUCUCAGAGACUCAUAUGGAGACGCACUGUUCUGCUCCGGCUGCACUGAGGAGGAGGUCUGUGACAGUGUGGUUGAGAUCAUCCUCCCCCCGCCUCCCCCUCAGGCGCCCCAGGUGUCCAGUGAGGAGAGGAGGCAGCGAUGGGAGGCGGGCCAGGCGGACUACAUGGGAGCCGACUCCUUCGAAAGCAUCCAGAGGAAACUGGACUGCUUCCUCAAGUAGAGGGCCAGAGGAGGGAUGACGGAUGGAGAGCGCAUCCAUUGGCAGGCCUGAGAUGCGUCAGUCAGGGCGGGGAUCAACUGUUAUUCGACAGUUGAAUAAGAAGAGAAAGCGGUAGAGCAUGACGUAUUGAAAAACAGUCCCAUCCUGGGCCUCUCUCUCUGUUUUUCUCUCUCUCUCUGUCUCUGUGUGUGUGUGUGUGUGUGUGUGUGUGUGCGCGUGCGCGUCUGUGUGUGGCCUGGUCCUGCAGAGACAGGUCCAUUCAGUGUUUGAACACCAGUUUACUACACUAUGCAGCCCCCAUACCACCACCUCAGCGCAGAAGCCUUGGUCAGUAUGUAAUGACUCAGUAAUAACCUCACUGUGACUCUGCCUCACCAAGUCCCAUCCAGACCCAAUGACUCUUAACAGCUCUAACCCAGUUACUCAGUCAAGCCUGAUAAUGAUAGAGAUAGGGAAGUUGUGCUUUUACUCUCUAAAGUAUUCAGAGAUGUGUGGGUGUGAAGUAUUUCCCUCUAUAAAAUGGAAGAACUGUUAUUUUGUUUAUUAAAGUUUGCAUCCCAGCGGUUAUUUUUGCUCUCCA